CUCCCAGAGUCCCUCUGGAGUGCAGAUCACUUUUUCUGUCCAGCCACCCUUCAGUCCCUUCCUCUCAACCCUUCCCCCUACCAUAUAAGGAGAGCAGCUGCUAGGGGUAUCUCUGGGUUCUAAAGAUAGUACCGGGCCCUUGCUUGGGACUCCAAAAGCCACCAGGCAGCUGGAGCCACCAUGGAACGGCAGCAUGCUCGGACCCUGUGGUACGACAGACCCAAAUACGUUUUCAUGGAGUUUUGUGUUGAGGACAGCACCGACGUGAGUGUGCUCAUUGAGGACCACCGCGUUGUGUUCAGCUGCAGGAAUGGUGAUGGAGUGGAGCUCUACAACGAGAUUGAGUUCUAUGCCAAGGUGAACUCCAAGGACUCCCAGGAUAAGCGCUCUGGUCGCUCCAUUACUUGCUUUGUGAGGAAAUGGAAGGAGAAGGUGCCCUGGCCUCGGCUCACCAAGGAGGAUAUAAAGCCUGUGUGGCUCUCUGUGGACUUUGAUAACUGGAGAGACUGGGAAGGAGAUGACGAGGUGGAGCUGGCUCAGGUGGAACACUAUGCGGAGCUUUUGAACAAGGUCAGCACUAAGAGACCUCCCCCUGCCAUGGAUGAUCUGGACGAUGAUUCCGACAGUGCGGAUACAACAACUACCUAGCUUUCUGUGAGCUGCAGAGGAGGCUGAAGCUACCGACGGUGUGCUGAGAAGCUGCGAUGGGGCCUUCUUCAACUAUUUCAUUAUGCAUCAAGAACUGCUGAGACCUCACAACAUUUCCAGAAACUCUUUCUUUAGGGGACCCUCUCCAUCUAUUAGGUCUUCCUCCUGGGUACCUCAGUGUAGUCCUACGUCAGUUGCGGGGAGGGGGGGGUCAGGGUUCAUCCUGACUGGUAGGGCUUCCGACUUCCCACUGAUUUGACUUAAAAAUCUAUGCUUUGGAUGCUUUGUUUUUUGGACACGUGUUUAUACGUGGUAAAGCAAAGGCCAAAGAAGAAAGAGAUUACAAUAAAUUCUAGGAGUGAUCCUGUCUCUCUCCUCCUCGUACUUUCCCCUACCUGUGAAAAGCCUUUUAUUUCUCUCUCUCUCUCUCUCUCUCUAGAGAUUCUGGCCCCUUUUGCAGUGGGAAGAUGUUCCUGGACAGGCUUGUAUGCAGAUGGCUGUCACCCCUAGACCAUUAGCUACCUGUACAUCUUCCCUUAACCAUCUCUGUGGUUAAGAGUGUGCAGUGUUUUUUUCAGAGGACGGGAGUUUGGUCCUCAGGGCUGAUACCAGGUGGCUUACAACCACCUGUA